GUGGGAGGUAUUGGCACUAAGGAGAACUCAUGGCUUCUUCACUCCCAAACCUCUGUUGCUGCUCUCCGUCUAUCACCAUCACAUCCACCACUACCCGCUUUACAUCGUCUUUCUCGCCGCUCAUCCCUCGUGGGUCCCAUGAAAUUGGACUGCGCUUUGCUCGUUCCGACUUGCGCACCUCUGCUAAGUUCGAGAAAUUCCAAGGUGAAGGUCCCGAAGGCAGUGUUGAUGACAACCCAUCACCUCUUUUAAAGACCCAACAACCAGUUCAAGGAGAAGAAGAAGAGGAGGAUGACAGUUGCUUACCUUCUGACUUGGAGGGUGCAGUAAGGCAAUCAAGUCAAGCAAGUGCCAUCUUUGUAUCUUCUGGAGGGAUGAGAGCAAUAGUUGAGCUCUUAAUCCCACAGUUGCAAUUUCUUGAUGAUGAAGGGGCCCAAGCUGAGCUCUGGGAAUUGUCAAGGAUUUUCUUGGAUACUCUUAUUGAAGAAACAGGAUGCCAGAAAGUAAAAGCCAUCUUCCCUGAUGCUGGAGCAGCUGCACUUCUUAAAUAUCGGUGGAAAGAUGCAGCUUUUGGAUUUUCCAGUUUAAGUGACCGAAAGCCCGUUGAGAAUGAAGAUGAACUUGUGGUCAUGUUGGUUCCCGACUACCAGAUGUUAGAAUAUGUGGAGAGAAUUGCAUCUACUCUCUCAGAUGAUCCACCAAGGCCUCUCAUCAUGUGGAAUCCACGCCUUGUUAGUGAAGAUGUAGGAGUCGGAUUCAAUGUGAGAAAACUGCGCCGCUACUUUUUAAGCACUUUUACAGUAGUAUACUCGAUGAGACCUUUACCAUCUGGUGCAGUAUUUAGAUGCUAUCCAGGAUUGUGGAAGGUGUUCUACGAUGAUAAGGAUAGACCAAAUCGAUAUUUACUUGCUAAAGAACAAAUUAGCCGUCCUGAUGCAGAAGAACUUGAGAUAAUAUUUGGGGAUGUAGAUGACAAGUCGGAGAAGGGCCCUUCUUUGCUGGCUAAAGCAUCAAGUAUUUUUACUUCACUAAAUCGUUUCAUGAAAGCAAUCUCAAAGUGAUAUCUUUUUUUUUUUGUAUCAUUUUUUUAGUGUAAAUCUCAACACAAAAAUGCAUAUCAUUUCCAGGUUCCAUAGACUAUUUUGUAUUCUUCAGUAAUGUUUAUUCCAUGUGUCAAACAAUGUAAAUUCCUUGUGUUGUGCCUAUACGUAACCUCUGUUGACUUA